GGCAGUGUGGCGCGUGCCGUCUCCGCCCGGCGACGCCGACGAGGACGACGAACCGGAGCCGCGUAUGUGGGGGCCGAAUGACGUCUUGCGCUGGCUGCGCGACUACGUCACUCGUGUUCCAGAUUCCGUGAGCGAACAAGGCAGCGGGGAGGCGCGUGGGGUUGCGAGCGUGGAGGCGGGACUGAACGGUACUCGGCUGAUGCUGGAGCCACUGCCGGACUUGUUGCCCGACCUAUUGGCGCUGCUACGACGACUGUGCCCCGCAGGAUCUGAUUUGGAAAAUUCGAAAGAAAAUGAGCAGCUGUUGAAGCGACUCGAAGACGAAAUCGAGUGGCUGCGGCGUGAGCCCCCUGCUCCCGAACUUGAGGCGCGCGCCCCGCACGCUCUACGCUGUCCGCUAACACACGCGCUGCUCCGCGAGCCCGUGCGCGCUGCUGACGGUUUCACUUACGAACGUACAAACAUACUGGACUUUUUCUCCGUCAAUGAACUACAAACAGAGCAUGCUUGAGAAAUCUACCUGAAGCGGACUGAUUGUUCUCAACUGAUGAAUAUUUUGACGGGAAUUUAGAUGAUGUGUGCGGGCAUAUCAUAGGGUACAUACAUGUGUUUAAAUUUUGCGUGGACAAACUCGCGAGCCAAAUCAAGAAGGCAGCGUGUGACAGAAGCGGCCGUGUCGCCGCUGACUGGCCGGCGACUGCGCAGCGCGGAAC